CAACGAUACAUCCUGGGUGGGGGAUUGCAAAUUGCGCAUACUUAUAUACUCAUGAAUUGUCUAGAAAUCUCACCGUUUUAUCAUGAAUUCCGAGCUUCUUUAUCAGCCUUUCCUGAGAAUGAAAUUGAUGCAUUGGUGGACUCUGAUUUUGUAAAUUGGUACAAGUAUCAGAUCAAUAGUCGUGGGAUUGUCGACCCUUUGUUAGUAUCAUUAGCGUGGGGCCCAAGUGUCAGUGCCAAAGUGUGGCGGCAAUAUGUGAUAAACGGUUACACAUAUCACACAGCCGAUUACGGACAGGGCCGACCAACAACGAACAACGGGUUAUGUGUCCCGACCAUCGGUUAUGAUAACUCGGAAACCAAUUUUUUUGGUGUCCUGCAGGAGAUUCUGGAACUUGAGAUGCCUUCUGGUG